AUGUCAUCAGUCUUAAAAGCUAUUCAAUUAUACACUUGGCAAACUCCAAACGGAUACAAAAUCUCCACAUUCUUGGAAGCAUUAAGUCUCAAAUAUGACGUCCACAAAAUCGACAUCAAUAGCGGCAUUCAAAAACAAGACCCGUUCAUCACCUUAAACCCCAACGGACGUAUCCCUACUAUUGUUGAUCCAAACACCAACAUCACCAUUUCUCAAACGGGUGCUAUCUUACAGUAUCUUGCUGAAACCUAUGACAAGGAGAGAAAAUUCAGUUAUGAACAAGGUACGCCGGAAUAUUGGAAACAAAUUGAAUAUUUGACUUUUCAAGUGGCCGAAAAUGGACCUAUCCAGGGUCAGGCUCAUCAUUUUGUAAUGUAUGCUCCUGAAAAGAUUGAAUAUGGGAUUAAUAGAUAUAUGAAUGAUACUAAGCGUAUUUAUGGGGUUUUUGAAGAGAUCUUGAGAAGAAAUAAGGAGAAUGGAUUAUAUCUUGUUGGAAAUCAUUAUUCAAUUGCGGAUUUUGCAUUGGUUGGUUGGGCUAAUAGUUUGAAGUACUUGGAUAUUGAUGUUCACGACUGGCCAUUGGUCGGGAAAUGGUUUGAUAACUUUUCCCAAGAACCUUAUGUCCAAAGGGGAUUUCAAGUCCCAGGAAGGAUCUCGAGUAAUAAACUGUUAAGUGCUAUUCCAGUUAUAUGA